AUGAAUAACCAUCGUGCACCCAACUUAAACAGCGCUCCCAGCAAGUAUGAAGAACUCUUCAAAUACACUGAUGAAAAUCCUCUCGAUGAAAUACUCGCUCAAGUUAGGGAAAGAUUAAAAUCAUCUGAUGACCAACUAACGAUAAUCGACGCUUCAAUAAAACAACUAAGAAACUACACCAGGAAGCUUGCGGAAAAUAAAGAUAUUAUGAAGGUACAUAUCGAGCUCCAUAAGUUGAGAAGAAAGAUAGACAAAGGAAGGAUUCCUUUGGAAGAAUUCGCGCAUUAUAUCGAUCUGAUAAAUGAGCAUGCCAGCGAUCGUGAGAUUUGGGAGCACAUCAUUCGGAUCGGGCAAGUUUUGAACUUUAAAGAGCCCCCUUCACGACCAGACAUAGUAAUUCCCUACUAA